AUGGUGACGAUUCCAUUGAUAUUUGGGAGAUUGACGACAGGAGAUUACACGGACAAAGUAGCUUUGGAUCUGCAAAUUGAUGAAUUGCGCGCAAAGAUCAUCUGCACAGAGGAGAAGAAGUACAGCGCUGAGUACCAUCCACCCAACAAACGCUCAAUCGGAAAUGCAAUCAUGAUCGAAUUGAAGGACGGUACGGUCUUGGACAAGGCCGAGAUCAAGUAUUCU